AUGGUCGACACCGGCGCAAUUUACACGAUGCUGCCAGAAGACCUGCUCGAACAACUGGGAGUUGAGCGGCUCGAGUCUGACAUCUUUGAGUUGGCCGACAACAGUCUUGUGGAAUAUGCUAUUGGCAGCGCGACAGUACGCAUUCAAGGCAGGGCGUUGCCGGUACCCGUGGUCUUUGGACAUGCAGGCAACACACCCUUGCUUGGGGCAACUACUCUGGAGAUAUUCCGUCUGGUCGCAGACCCAGUUAAUGAACAAUUGAUUCCAGCGCCUCGAAUCCGGGCCCGCUUCUUCUAG